AUGGAGAUCACAAGUGCCGUCACACCGUCGAGGAUGUUCAAGGCUUUAAUCCUUAACUCCCACAACAUCCUACCCAAGAUUGCUCCCGAGGGCAUCAAAAGCGUGGAGUUCAUCGAGAGAGAAGGCAGAGUUGGUAGCAUCGAGCAAACCAACUUUGGUGAAAGCUCCCACAUCAAGUACAUGAAACACAAGAUAAGAGGCUCUCAAGGCAGCGGAUACGUUUGUAAGAGGACCAGCGAGUACCACAUUCAGGAAGGUUGUGAGCUAAAGGAGGAGGAUAUCAAGAAAGGUAAAGAUAAAGUUAUGGGAUUGUACAAGGCUGUUGAGGAAUACCUCAUGGCCAACCCUAAUGUUUGCGCCCAAAUGCUUUUCUCAAGAUCCUUUUGGAGUUAA